AUGAUCACCGCCUCCAGUGGUAGCCGUACUGUGGUGGUUGGUGUCAAGAUGGAAGAACAAGAAUCACACACUCACUGCUCAGAGUUGCUUACUUGGUCGUUAGUUAAUGUCGCUCAACCUGGUGAUCUUAUUGUGGCUCUUCAUGUUCUUCCAAAUCAUGAAACUGUGAAUAGAGAUGGGAAAUCGUCUUUGUUUUCUCUUGUAAAAGCAUUUGAUUCUGUUCUUUCGGGUUAUGAAGGAUUCUGUAAUCUGAAACAGGUGGAUCUGAAGCUUAAGAUUUGCCGGGGUUCAUCGGUGAGGAGGAUUCUGGUUAGAGAAGCAAAUGAAUAUCGUGCAACUCAUGUUAUAGUUGGAGCACCGCGAGGUUUUAGUAAAAUUAGGCCAUCUAUUUCUAUAGGUAGGUAUUGUGCUAAGAAGCUGUCUAAGGAUUGUUGGGUUUUUGCUGUUGAUAAUGGGAAAGCUGUGUUCAAGAGAGAUGGAUUGUCGUCUACAAAUUGCGCCGAUUUAAAAGGAAGUCGAGUUGGAUUGCUCGGUUCGAUUCAAUGGAAAUUCGGCAAGAGUUCAAAAGUACUGAAUGAUGAUAUCCAAGAUUCGAUAUUGUUGGAUUCGUCUUGCCACAAAGCUGUGGAUCAAGAGUCUUAUAGCGGUGGUGAUGGAGAGAAUGAGAAGAACUCAUUAGCUAUGGUGCCUGUAAAGGUAAACGAUGCUGGUUCGAGCGUGAAAGCUUUGUAUGACAGAGAGGUGGCUAAUUUGAAACCUGGUUGGCCACUACUACAUAGCAGAAUUUCAUCAUCAGACAGGAGAGUUUCUGAAAGAUCGUCGUUUCCUCGGAUUUCUGUGGUUCAAUGGGCAAUGCAGUUGCCCUCUAGAAAUCUUUCCUAUGAUAAAGAUCGGUUUUUGGGUCUAGAUAGCAAAAGUGGUGCUCUUGUACCGGUGGAUGCUGAAAUAGGGACGAUUGCUUCACCCGAACGCAAAUCAAUUAACAUUCCUAAAGAAUUGGUGGGACUUCAUGAGAAAUACUCGUCUUCUUGUAGAUUGUUUAAGUACCAAGAACUUGUGUCAGCAACAUCAAAUUUCUUGCCUGAAAAUUUGAUUGGGAAAGGAGGAAGCAGUGAGGUUUAUAGAGGCUGUCUUCCGGAUGGAAAGGAAGUUGCGGUUAAGAUCUUAAAGCCUUCGGAAGAUGUUUUGAAGGAGUUUGUUUUAGAGAUAGAAAUUAUCACUACUUUGCAUCACAUAAACAUCAUUUCCCUCGUUGGAUUCUGCUUUGAAGACGACAAUCUUCUUUUGGUCUAUGAUUUCUUAUCAAGAGGGAGCCUUGAACAUAACCUUCACGGUAAUAAGAAAAAUCUACAUGAGUUCGGUUGGACUGAGAGAUAUAAAGUAGCAUUGGGUGUUGCCAAGGCUUUGGAGUAUCUCCAUAAUAAUGGUGACAAAACUGUGAUCCAUCGCGAUGUGAAAUCAUCAAAUGUGUUAUUAUCGGAGGAUUUUGAACCUCAGCUCUCUGACUUUGGACUUGCUAAAUGGGCAUCAUCCUCGUCAUCAUACACAACCUGCACCGAUGUUGCCGGAACUUUUGGUUACUUGGCUCCUGAAUACUUCAUGUAUGGUAAAGUUAACGAUAAGAUUGAUGUCUACGCAUUUGGUGUGGUGCUUCUUGAGCUUCUCUCGGGGAGGAAGCCUAUAAGUGGCGAUUAUCCUAAGGGUCAAGAGAGCCUUGUAAUGUGGGCAAGUCCGAUUCUAAAUAGUGGGAAGCUGUCGCAAUUGUUGGAUCCUAGUUUGGCUGAUAACUAUGAUCAUGAAAAGAUAGAAAGGAUGGUCUUAGCAGCCACACUUUGUAUCAGACGCGCUCCAGGAGCUAGGCCUCAAAUGAGCCUUAUCUCAAAAGUUCUUAAAGGUGAUGCUGUAGUAAUGAAGUGGGCAAGGAUAGAAAUUAAUGCUUUGAAAGCUUCUGAAUUGCUUGACGAAGAAGCUUCUCCAACUUCUAACUUACAGUCACACCUAAAUCUUGCACUGCUUGAUGUGGAGGACGACACACUCUCCUUAUGGAGUGUUGAUCAAAAUGUCUCUUUAGAGGACUACUUGAGAGGCAGGUGGAGCCGUUCAUCUAGCUUUGAUUGA